AAAGAAGGGCUCUCCGGCUGGCGGACACGCAGCUGACAGCACAACGGUUUUCUUAUCACAACAACUGGACUAUAUACAUCUGUUUUUUAAAUUUUCUAUAUUCUGACAGAAUAAUAAUUUCUGUGUCUAUAUCAAACAUGGCAGACAGUCAGGUGGAAAGCAGCGGAGAACUGAGCGCCAAGGAGCUGAAGGAGAAGAAACAGGCUGAAGAGACAGAGAAUGGAGAAGACUCUGCUGCCAAUGGCAAAAAUGAUGAGGAAAAUGGUGAGCAAGAAAAUGAGGUAGAGGAGGAUGAGGAGGAUGUGGGCGACGAGGAGGAGGAGGAGGAUGGAGAAGGUGAUGAGGAGGAUGAUGACGAAGAUGACAUCGAUGGGCCAAGGGGGAAGAGAGCAGCUGAUGAUGAUGAUGAUGAGGAUGAGACUGAAAGCAAGAAGCAGAAGACAGAUCAGUAGUGUCUGCAGGGCCCACUUUGUAUGGAGGACACCACCACUGAAAGACAGCCAGCAAACCUUCUACACCUCAGUCCUCCCUUCUUAACAAAAGUGUUUAAAAAGAGAAUUUGUUUGUAUUUUUAUUUACAUUUUAUAUUUUUGUAAAUAUUGUAAGGAGUUUGGCCAUUUUGCAAAAGUUGGGUAUAUACAUACAGUGGUGCUCUGAAGACUUUUAGAUCCACAUUCAUCAUCAUCAUCAUCCAUCCACAUUCUGUCUCAACCAACUGCAAACAUCCAGCCUGUCAUCCCAAAUACACACAUUUAAUGCAAGCGUGCGCGCGCGCACACACACACCCACACCCCCCUUAUUUCUAUGACAGUAUAGGAUUCUAGGGUCAGUAGGAACAAGUUAUGUGUUGACCUGUAGUUGCAUGGGAGUGUUAAAAUAACUCAGCUUCUCCCAGUGCUGGGUAUGUAUUAGUGGUAGUUUGUAUGAGAUUCCAGAGUUGUAGUUUCUGUUGUCCAUGUGUCUCUGUGUGUCUGUCAUGGCCAGAUUAUAAUGUUUUUAUGUCUGUGCAGUUUAAUUGAAUAAUAAACAGUCAUUUGAUUUCUUUGUUUAUA